AGCAGUGCUUCAUAUCCGGGUCACGUGUACGGUAGAGUGCAGUUAGCAGGAUGUGCUAACGUUGCGAAGCAGCAGAGUCAGAGUAUAAAAACAUCAACCUUUACUUUUCCAUUCUUCUCUGAGUGUGGGAAGUGUGGAACAUGUCCGGACUCCAGGACCUGAACCCGCAGAGACCAGAUGUCCAGCAGCUGUUGGUGGUUAAAGAAGAGCUUCCCCCUGAAGAGCAGGAGAGGAGCUCCAGUCUGGACCAGGAGGACACUGAGCACCUCCACAUUAAAGAGGAACAGGAGGACCUGUGGAGCAGUCAGGAGGGAGAGGAGGCUGAUACCACCAAGUUCCUGUUCACUCCUGUCUCUGUGAAGAGUGAAGAUGAUGACGAAAAACCUCAGUCAUCUCAGCUUCGCGACAAACAAAGUGAGCAGGUGGAAACAGGAGCUGAUGGAGAGGAACCAGCAAGGAGCUCAGAUCUAGAGGGACAUUUGGAACCAAAGACAGAUGACAAAAGUGGAGAUUCUUCUGAAGCUGAAACUGAAGACAGUGAUGAUUGGAUGGAGUCCAGAGAACAAAACCACGGUUUAGACUUUGUUGAAAACACUGAAUAUACGACACGAGUGACAAAUAAGAUUACACAUACUUGUUCUGAGUGUGGUAAGACUUUCAGUAAGAAACAGCAUCUGAUCACACACAUAAGAAUUCACACAGGAGAGAAACCCUACAGCUGCUCUGUUUGCAGUAAAAGAUUUAACCAUGAAGGGAAUCUUAACAGACACCUGUUGGUUCAUUCUGGAGAGAAACGCUUCGGCUGCUCUGAAUGUGAUAAAAAAUUUAACCUAAAAGAAAUUCUGAACAGACACAUGUUGAUUCACACUCAAGAGAAACCCUUCAGCUGCUCUGUUUGCACCAAACGAUUCAACCACUCUGCAAAUCUGACCAAACACAUGAGGAUUCAUACAGGGGAGAAACCGUUCUGCUGCUCUGAAUGUGGUAAAAGGUUUUACCUGAAGGGACAUCUAAACUCCCACAUGUGCGUUCAUAGAAGAGAGAGACCCUUCACCUGCUCAGAGUGUGAGAAGACAUUUAAUCGCAAAGGUAAUCUGACCAAACACAUGAGAAUUCACACAAGAGAGAAACCCUUCAGCUGCUCUGUUUGCAAUGAAAGAUUUAGCCAUGAGACCAGUCUGACACUCCACAUGGUUCAUCACAGAGGAGGAAAGCCCUUCAGCUGCUCCGUAUGUAGUAAAAGCUUUAACCAGAAAGGACAUCUGACACGACACAUGUCAGUUCACACGCGAGAGAAACUCUACAGCUGCUCUGUUUGCAGUAAGACAUUCAACCAAAAGUCUAGACUGUCUUUUCACAUGGCACAUCACGGCGGGAAUAAACCCUUCAGCUGCUCUGAGUGUGUUAAAACGUUUAAAAAUAAACCAGAGCUGAUCCAACACAUGAGAACUCACACAGGAGAGAAACCCUUUCACUGCUCCGACUGCGGCAAAAGAUUCAACCACAAAGGAAACCUGAACAAACACAUGAGGAUCCACACAGGAGAGAAACCCUACAGCUGCUCUCUCUGUAACAAAAGGUUUAGCCUGAAGUCUAAUUUGACACACCACAUGGCUCAUCACAGAGGCGAGAAACCGUUCAGCUGCAAUCUUUGUGACCAAAGGUUUUCUUGGCAUUCACAGUUGAAAAGACACAAGUGUGUUGUAGUUCAUGCUUCAGGGCUUCAUCACACUGAGGAGACAAGAGAGGCAGGAACAGGAGCUGGUGGAGAGGACUGUGGAGUACCAGAGCCGAUUAGUGACUUAGAUCCAAAAAUGCAUCUAGAGUCUGCGGUUAAGACUGAAGACUCCUCCGGACCUGAGACUGAAAACAGGGUGGAUCUGAAGGAGAUCAGUGUCUGUCGGUCCAGUUCAAACUCUCUGAGAAGUGAUGAAGUCUCCUCAUGUGCAGCAACAUUUGACCCCAACAGGACGAGUCUUUUCUGCAUGAAGUCCAAUGAAACCUUUGACAACAAUCACCUUAUGAGGAUCCAAGGAGUCGUGCACACAGGAGAGAGACUAUCCAGUGACUCAAGAUGUGAGGACCACUUAACAGAAAGACUUGAGCAGCAUAUGACAGUUCAUGAAGGGGUACAAAGAAGCAUAAAACAAGAGGACCCAGAGCCCCUUCUUAUAAAGGAGGAACAGGAGGAAGUCUUUAUCAGUCAGGCAAAUACCAUGAAGAUCCCAUUCACUCCUGUCCCUGUGAAGAGUGAAGAUGAUGAAGAGGAACCUCGGUCCUCAAAGCUUCAUCAGGGAGAGUCUGAACACAUAAAAAGAGAAGCUGAUGAAGAGGACUGUGGAGGACCAGAACCAGCCAGAUACUCAGACUUAGAGAUACAUUUACAACCAAAGAUUGAGGUCAAAACCGAAGACUGUGCUCACUCUGAUGACAGUGUGGACAGUGAUUUUUGGACAGAGGUAAGAAGACGCCCAUCGGCUUUAAACUCUGAAGGAAACCCCGGAGAUAAGAGUUUGUGUAGCUGUUUGGAAUGUGAUCAAACGUUUAAAAACCAAGAGGAUCUGACCACACACAUGAGAAUUCACACCAGAGAAAAAACUUUCGACUGCUCUGUGUGCACUAAAACAUUCAACCAAAAGGGAAAUCUGACCAGACACAUGUUAGUUCACACUGGAUACAAACCUUUUAGCUGCUCUGUCUGCAGUAAAGCAUUCAACGAAAAGGCACGUCUGACCAAUCACAUGAGAACCCACACGGGAGAGAAACCCUACAGCUGCUCUGUGUGCAGUAAAAGAUUCAGCCAGAAGUCGAGUCUGUCACUUCACAUGGCAUAUCACGUAGAGGAGAAACCCUUUGGCUGCUCUGUUUGCAGUAAAAGAUUUUAUCAAAAAGGACAUCUGAGUACACAUAUUUUAGUGCACACAAAGGAGAAACCCUUUGGCUGCUCUGUGUGCAGUAAAAGAUUUAACCAGAAAGGACAUCAGACCACACACAUGUUUGUCCACAGAGGAGAGAAACCUUUCAGCUGCUCCGUGUGCAAUAAAAGAUUCUAUCAAAAGGGCCAUCUGACCAUGCACAUGUUGGUUCACACUGGAGAGGAACCCUUCAGCUGCUCCUUCUGCAGUAAAAGGUUUUUCCGGAAAGGACAGUUGAGCUCACACAUGUUGGUUCACACAGGAGAGAGACUGUUUAGCUGCUCCGAGUGCAGCAAGAAAUUCAAACAUAAGUGUAACCUGAAAAUUCACAUGGCUCACCACAGAGGGGAGAAAAGCUGCAGGUGCUCGGUUUGUGGCCAAAGGUUCACUUGGUUUUAUCAGUUAAAGAAACACAGGAGCGUCCACAGUCAGGCUUCAGAGCUUCAUCAGAAGCAACCUGAGGAGAAACGAGCAGGAGCCGAUGGAGAGGACUGUGAAGGACCAGAACCAGGAAAGAACUCAGAUCUAGAGAGACUUUUACAACCAGAGACUGAGAUUAAGACUGAAGACUCCUCUGAAACUGAAGACAGGGAUUAGAAGGACAUCAGAGAACAUCACAUCUUAUCAAUGUUGUGAGAUCAAUAAAUGUUGGUAUGAGAUCAAUACAUUGACUUAUGUAACUAAAUAUGUGUAUGUUAUGUAUGCAUUAAUUCAUUACAUGCUUGUAACUAAGCAAGACAUCAUUCCUCUGCUCAAAUCCUGGUAACUUGAAAUAGUGAAUAAUAAUGGAAAGAUACUCUUAUCAUGUGACUAGCUAGUGUAAAUACAUUGUAUUACUUGGUAUUUUAUCUGUUACUCAAAUAAAAAACAAAUAUAUCCAGGUGUUGUAGAAA